AGCGAGUGGGCAGGACAUGAGCAAAAAGUCUCCCUCGUCCCCAACCAAACGAAAAUAAAAUUACGAGAAAGCUCUCUUGUUUGAAGAAAGGCCAUCAAUCUUCAAUCCAAAGGCCACUCAACCAAAUUAUAUGAAGCCAAAGCCUGAUAAUAAAGAGAAGUGAUUGCAGAUGUUAAAAUUCGUGUUUCAAACCUGUUUGAUGCCACUCUUAACGGUUGCUGCCUAAACUAUUUCAGUUAAUCUCCAGGUUCGAAUUAGGCUUUUCUUCAACAUUUCUAUAUACUUCUCUUUUUUUUUUUUUCUUGGGUUCAUGGCAACUUUACUCAACUCAAUGUCUUCUAUGACAAACCCAUCACCUGAAACAACAAGGAAACCAUCUGGUUUCUUUUACCAAAUCUCAAACCUUCAUUCUUUUUCACUCAACAAUGGUUUUACCAGGGUUUUAGCAACUACCCAGAACACAAUUUCUGCUAAAGACUCUGUUUUUACUUUACCAAAUUGGAAGACAGGGAAGAAUGACACUAAAAGUAGGGAACUCAGGCUAACUAAUGCUUUUUGUCACAUGGAAUAUAUGGUGGGGAAGGGACAGAAGCCUGAUGUAGCUCAAGCUACACAAUUGAUGUAUGAUUUGUGCAAGGUUAAUAAGAUGAAAAAGUCAUUUCGAGUGAUGGAGAUGAUAGUUGAUUCUGGUAUUAUACCUGAUGGAGCUUCUUAUAAUUUCUUGGUGAAUUAUUUGUGUAAAAGAGGAAAUGUUGGACAUGCGAUGCAGUUGGUGGAAAAGAUGGAGGGUCAUGGUUAUCCAACUAACAGUAUUAUUUAUAAUUCUCUACUUAAAGGGCUUUGUGUGCAUGGAAACUUGAAGCAAAGUAUGCAGCUGUUGGAGAAGUUAAUACAAAGAGGACUAGUUCCCAAUGAAUUCACUUAUUCUUCCUUGCUUGAAGUUGCUUAUAAGGAAAAAGGAGUAAAUGAGGCAAUGAAGCUUUGGGAUGAGAUUAUUGCCAGAGGUGGGAUGCCUAAUUUGGUUAGUUACAAUGUUUUGUUGACUGGGUUGUGUAAGGAAGGUAGGACUGAUGAGGCAAUUGAGUUCUUCAGGGAUUUGCCUGCAAAAGGAUUUAAUCCAAAUGUUGUGAGCUAUAACAUAGUGCUAAGGAAUUUGUGCUAUGAGGGACGGUGGAAGGAAGUAAAUGAGCUUUUGGCAGAGAUGAAUGGUGAGGAUUGUUCUCCUUCUGUAGUUACUUACAACAUAUUGAUUGGUUCUCUUGCACUCCAUGGCAGGACUGAAAAUGCUCUGGAUGUUAUCAAUGAAAUGAUUAGAGGACAUUUCAAGGUCACAGCUACAAGCUAUAAUCCGAUAAUUGCUCGUCUUUGCCAAGACGAGAAGGUGGAUCUUGUGGUUAAGUGUCUAGAUCAGAUGAUCUAUGGACGUUGUGAACCUAAUGAAGGAACGUAUAAUGCUAUUGCUGUGCUUUGUGAGCAGGGAAUGGUGCAAGAGGCAUUCUCCAUAUUUCAAAGCUUGGGAAGCAAACGAAGUUCCUCACCACAUGAUUUCUACAAGAGUGUAAUUUCUAGUUUAUGCAGAAAAGGAAACACAUAUCCAGCAUUUCAGCUUUUAUAUGAAAUGACUAAGUCUGGAUUCACUCCUGACUCUCACACCUAUUCCUCGCUAAUCAGAGGAUUGUGCAUGAAGGGAAUGCUGCAAGUGGCAAUGGAAAUUUUCAUAAUAAUGGAGGAAAGCAACUAUAGGCCUGAUAUUGACAAUAUAAAUGCACUUUUAUUAGGAUUUUGCAAAUCCCAGAGAACUGAUCUGUCCUUGAAGCUUUUCGAGAUGAUGAUCAAGAAAGGCUAUAUGCCUAAUGAGACAACUUACGUUAUUCUUGUGGAGGGGAUUGCUCAUGAAGGAAAAAUGGAGCUGGCAGCACAAGUACUGAAGGAGUUGCAUAUGAGAGAAGUUGUGAGUCAACAUGCUGUAGAAAGACUUGUUAUGCAAUACAACCUUUCUGCUAUAGACUUUUUAGAUUCCAAAAUAUAGACUUUUGCAAAAUUGAUUCCAAAAGCAUGAUUUUUGUUAUGAACCAUGGAAAAUUGUCACUGUAACCAAAUUUUGGAACCGGAGUGAGCAUGAAUCAAGUUCAAGCACAAGGACUCAAACUUUGGGGUUUUUCAGUUGCUUGAGCUGGUUAAUGUUUUGUUGUAAAUCCUGUUCACUUGUAGAGCAUUUCUUUUUUAUGUACAAGUUGAUUAUUAUGGUUGAUAUGACAUGAUCAAUUAGUUCCUCGCAAAAGGCAUUUAAUAAAAGACUCAUUUGGCAGCUUUAGUAAAGCUAAUAAUUUUAUACAAUAAAAAAAA